CCGGAACCAAGAUGGCGCCGCCAGGGGCUGCGGGCGGGUGGCGGUGAGGCGGCCUGCGGGGGGGCCGCAGCCUUCCUCCGCGCUCCGCCGCUGCGCCGCGGGGCCGGCCGGCCGGUGGGCUCGUUCGCUCGCUGGCUGGCCGGCCGGGUCCGCCCCUCCACUCCGCCAUGGCGGCCGAGAGCGGCAGGCAGUUCUGGAAGAGGAGCGCCAAGCUGCCGGGCAGCAUUCAACCUGUCUAUGGAGCGCAGCAUCCUCCGCUGGAUCCCCGGCUCACCAAGAACUUCAUCAAGGACCGCUCCAAGACCAACGCGCUGCCUCUGAAGAGCAAGAAGGCCUCCAGCUUCCACGAGUUUGCUCGCAACACCAGCGAUGCCUGGGACAUCGGGGAUGAUGAAGAUGAGGACUUCUCUUCCUCCUCUUCUUCUUUGCAAACUCUGAACUCUAAAGUGGCCAAGGCCACAGCAGUCCAGGUUCUGGAGAACCACAGCAAGCUGCGAGCGAAACCUGAGCGGGCGCAGUCUACUCUCAGCGAGGUGCCCACCAACUGCAAGGUCAUCAAGUCCAGCAGUGAGGCCCAGCUCUCCAGGGCAUCUGAGGAGGCCUGUGUGAGGACCCCCCUCCAGAAGCAGCAGUCCCUUCCCCUCCGCCCUGUCAUUCCUCUCGUCGCUCGCAUCUCCGACCAAAACGCUUCGGGGGCUCCCCCCAUGACAGUGCGGGAGAAAACUCGCCUGGAGAAGUUCAGACAGCUCCUUUCCAGCCACAACACAGACCUGGAUGAGCUGAGGAAGUGCAGCUGGCCUGGGGUGCCCAGAGAGGUCCGGCCCGUGACGUGGCGUCUCCUCUCAGGCUACCUCCCGGCCAACACGGAGCGGCGGAAGCUGACGCUGCAGCGCAAGCGCGAGGAGUACUUCGGCUUCAUCCAGCAGUACUACGACUCCCGCAACGAGGAGCACCACCAGGACACCUACCGGCAGAUCCACAUCGACAUUCCAAGGACCAACCCACUCAUCCCCCUCUUCCAGCAGCCACUCGUCCAGGAGAUCUUUGAGAGGAUCCUGUUCAUCUGGGCCAUCCGACACCCAGCCAGCGGCUAUGUGCAGGGCAUCAAUGACCUGGUCACCCCCUUCUUUGUUGUCUUCCUCUCUGAGUAUGUUGAGGAGGAUGUGGAGAACUUUGAUGUGACCAACCUGUCGCAGGAUGUUCUGCGGAGCAUUGAAGCAGACAGCUUCUGGUGUAUGAGCAAGCUGCUGGAUGGGAUCCAGGAUAACUACACCUUUGCACAGCCAGGAAUCCAGAAGAAGGUCAAAGCCCUGGAGGAGCUGGUCAGCAGGAUCGAUGAGCAGGUACACAAUCACUUUAGGAGGUACGAGGUCGAGUACCUGCAGUUUGCCUUCCGCUGGAUGAACAACCUGCUGAUGAGGGAGCUGCCCCUGCGCUGCACCAUCCGCCUCUGGGACACCUACCAGUCGGAGCCAGAAGGGUUCUCCCAUUUCCACCUCUACGUCUGCGCCGCCUUCUUGAUCAAGUGGAGGAAGGAGAUCCUAGAUGAGGAAGACUUCCAGGGCCUUCUGAUGUUGCUGCAGAACCUGCCCACGAUACACUGGGGGAACGAGGAGAUCGGACUGCUGCUGGCUGAAGCCUACAGACUCAAGUACAUGUUUGCAGACGCCCCCAACCAUUACCGCCGAUAGGUGCCAGGGCUCCAGCCCCUCCUCCGCCCCCUGCCCGCCCCCUCUCCUGGCCCAAUCUGAUCACUGUGGCAUUUUUGUCGUCCCAAGUCCUCGGACACUCCGGCUGGGAGCUGCUCCUCGCUGUACAAAGCUCACAUCAACUCUUGUCUUAACUCUCAACGUGUGCCUGGCUGCCACUCCGUGCCCCUGGCUGUGCCACUCCAACCACCUGCAGUAUUUCAGGCCCUGCUGCUGGCUCCACCCAGGGAGAGAGGCUUGAAGGGGCUUGGGGGAAGACGUUGGGGGGGCAGCUUUCCAGAUGAACUGAGCCGAGGAGGAAGCCCUCCUGUCCUCUCCACUUCUUGCCCUGGGCUUGUCCAGCUGGGACCACCUUGGCUUGGCUGCCUCCUGUGAACCUGCUGCCACGUGUGCUGCCCCAGUCUGCUCCUGCUCACUCCAUCUCCCAGCUGAAAAUGCCUUAUCAGAGACCUGCCUGGCUGGAGAAUCCUCCCCCCACACCGAGGGCAGCAGGGCAAGAAGUUCCUCUCAGGGCCUAACUUUGCUCCAAGGGUCCAGAGACCUCUAAGCACUUUGUGGGCUCAGGAGAGAGCCUCUCGUGCCUGCCCUCUGCUUCUCCUCCCCUUUGCCUCCCUCUCCCCCAGGGCAGGGGAGUGGGCACGGAGGGGCUGGGGCCUUCGCUCCAUCCAGGCAUGGGUUGACCACUCCAAGGGACUCCUGGUGGCUGAUGUGCUGUCGGUACAACCCCCUCCG